UUUAUUUCCCCCCAAACUUCACCCUCCCACUUCGACAAAAACAAAAAUGUCCCAAAUAAAAUCUCAGUCCCGUCAAACCCAACACAAACUCAGUUCAAUCAAAUGGCCGUCAACUCACUAGCCAAACUCUCUACUUCUGCUUCCGCUUCCACUUCCACUCUUUGGCCACACCUCUGCCUGCCCACUUUUCCUAAACCUCACAGUUCCACUCCCAAUAAAUUUGCUAAGUGCACUCGCAUUUUUGCCAUGGCCAAUACCACUGCCACCAAGAUCGCUCCCGCCGUCAUCGUAGGCGGCGGGCGUGUCGGAAGGGCUUUACAAGAAAUGGGUAGUGGUCAAGAUUUGAUAGUGAAGCGUGGGGAACCUGUGCCGCUUGAUUUUGAGGGUCCUAUCUUUGUAUGCACGAGGAAUGAUGAUCUUGAAGCUGUUCUUGAGGUCACACCUAAGUCUAGAUGGAACGAUUUGGUUUUUUUCCAGAAUGGGAUGCUGGAACCGUGGCUUGAAAGUAAAGGCCUGGGUGAAGCAGACCAAGUAUUGGCUUAUUUUGCUGUAUCAAAGCUUGGAGAACCUCCUAUAGAUGGGAAGACUGAUACCAAUCCUGAAGGGCUAACCGCAGCAUAUGGGAAAUGGGCUACUGCAGUUGCUGCAAGAUUACAUGCUGGAGGCCUUUCUUGCAAGGUUCUUGACAAGGAAGCAUUCCAGAAGCAGAUGUUAGAGAAGUUGAUAUGGAUUUCUGCAUUCAUGCUUGUUGGAGCUCGCCAUCCUGGUGCAACUGUGGGCGUUGUGGAAAAGGAGUAUCGGUCUGAGGUUUGUAGUCUCAUUGUGGAACUAGCAUCUGCAGCUGCUGCCGAGAAAGGACUAACAUUUGAAGAAGCUAUGGACGAAAGAUUAUGCGCGUAUUCACGAGCUGUUGCACAUUUCCCAACUGCAGUUAAAGAGUUCAAAUGGAGAAAUGGCUGGUUCUAUUCUCUCACUGAGAAGGCACUUGCUGAAGGUAAACCUGAUCCGUGCCCCCUGCAUACAGCUUGGCUUAAAGAAUUACAAGUUGUUUAGCCAAUUAAUUGCACUCAACUUUUGCUUAUCAAGAUUUUUAGAUUAUGCUUUUAAGAAUAACCGAGUAACAUAAUAUAAGAGGGUUCAGAUAUUGUUUUGUUUUC